AUGACUGUCGUAUUGUUUCAGGUUGCCGCCACCGUUGCUCAGGAUUACGAGGUCUCUGACAUUCAGUGCAGCGGCGCAGGAUCAGCAGCCGAUCUCCUGACAGCGAAGAUCAAAAGACCAGUUGGCUUCAGAGGGGCGCCGCUCUUUGCCGACGACAGAUCCGCCAAUCCGCUUACCGACAUUCACUGCCAGAUCAGGCCAGAUCCCAAUGAUCCUCAGGAAGAUAACUAUUUCCUGAAGGUGACUGACUUCUCGAGAUGCGGCAUCCUGAAGAGAAACGGUUUCAUUCACCUGCGAGUAUGGUUUCCGGCAUUUCCCGGAGUCGUCAUGCUAGCCGAUCAAGAAUUGAUCUUAAUGUGCCGACCACCUGAGCCAACGUUACUCCGUCACAAAGCUGCCGGUUUCGCUGGAACCUUUCCUCACGGGGCAAGAGUAUCUGGGGUGGUCGAAGAAACACCUGGACGACUGGAGUACGAGGUAGCCCUUUACCGCGAAGCUACGGGCAACGUAUCGGACGCAUCGGGGUCGCAGACUGUCGAUCAAGCGGUUCCCAUUGGUACAAAGCUUCAGUUAAGAGCUCGAAUCAGUGCAGACAGUGCAUGGGGUUACAUUAAACUGUUGGAAGUGACCGUUAGUCCCGAUCCCGAUCAGCCUCACGCACCAGGAAGUGUCGUGUUGGUGAAGGACGGCUGUAGAAAUCGAGAUUUCGCGUCAAUAAUUCCUCAUCAACCAGCCCGUUAUCGAGAGAGAAAGAACGAAGUUUUCCUCGAUUUCGAAGCCUUUCUCCUCAGUUCCAUGAGAGAACGUUCCACGCUGUGGAUCCACUCGCAGAUCAAGGCUUGCAUGGAACCUCAGGACUGCCAACCGGAUUUUUGUCUCGAUCUUUUUGAACCAUCGGGACAUGGAAAGAAGAAAAAACGAUCUAUCGUAGAAGGUACGAACGAAUAUUUUCCUAAAGUCGACCGCUUGAUAAAGGAAUACAACGAUUCGAUACCUUAUACGAAAUUUAAGGAAAAUAUCGAAUACACGGUGAUGAUGCCUGAUGAUAUAUAUCAGAAAGUGACUGCUGGACUUGAAAACAGUUGCGGUAGUUUUCUUUACGUUGCAACAGGACUUGGUGCACUUCUGGUUUUAUCAGCUUUUAUCAUGUGCUAUCUUGCAACAAGACUUCACAAUUUGUCGUCAACUAUACCACAAAAUAAAUCGAUCGACGAACUAGUACGAGAUCGUGCUAGAAAAUAUUCUGAACAAACACCAGGCUACACCGGCCGAUCUACGGUACAAUAGCAAAAUGCAAAUAUUAUAUUACAUAUAUAUUUUAUUAUGCUCAAUCAAAAUGAAACAGUAGUUUUCGUGAAAUGAAAUAAGAAACCAAAUUAACAGAACGACUUAUGGUACGGAUAUAAGCAAAAUAUCAUACAAAAAUAACAGAAUUGUAUUAUAACGUAAUAUUUUUUUAAAUAUCUGUGAGCGUUAAGAGAUUAUAUACUAAACUAAAAACACAAAGUUUAAAAAAUAUAUGA